AGGUGAAGACUGACUGGCUUGUUCUCAUCGUGGAUGAUCUUGACAGCGAAUCUACUCAGCCAUGUCAUACGGUGCAGGUUUUGGGGAUCCAAAUCAACUAGCCCAGCGCAUCACUUCUAACAUCCAGAAGAUCACACAAUGCUCUGCCGAAAUACAACGAAUACUACAUCAGCUUGGAACACCACAAGACACUCCGGAGUUGAGGCAACAGCUGCAACAGAAGCAGCAAUACACCAACCAGCUUGCCAAAGAAACUGACAAGUACAUUAAAGAGUUUGGAUCUCUGCCUGCAACAAGUGAACAGCGUCAAAGAAAAAUACAGAAAGACCGUCUUGUGGGGGAGUUCACCACAGCACUAACAAAUUUCCAAAGACUCCAAAGGCAAGCUGCUGAGAAAGAAAAAGACUUUGUAGCCAGAGUAAGAGCCAGCUCCAGGGUAUCUGGUGGUGCUCCUGAAGACAGCUACAAAGAAGGAACACUUGUCUCUUGGGACAGCCAACCACAAGCACAAGUGCAAGAUGACGAAAUUACAGAAGAUGACCUGCGGCUUAUUGAGGAGAGGGAAUCUUCCAUUAGGCAGCUUGAGGCAGAUAUUAUGGAUAUCAAUGAAAUUUUUAAAGAUCUAGGAAUGAUGAUUCAUGAGCAAGGUGAUGUGAUAGACAGCAUAGAAGCCAAUGUGGAAAAUGCAGAUGUACAUGUGCAGCAAGCAAACCAGCAGCUGUCAAGAGCAGCAAACUACCAGCAAAAGUCCCGAAAGAAGAUGUGCAUCCUCAUAAUUGUACUUGCUGUUGGAGUAUGUCUUCUUGGACUCGUCAUAUGGUUAUCUGUAAGAUAAGUCACUGGAGAAAGUGUUGUAUUUGAUAUUUAAAUUAUGAAAGGAAAUUCCCAGUCAUGUUUUGCUCAUUGUGAAGCUGAGUAAAAUAAUGGUUCUGUACUUCGUCACACUUACUUUUUUUUAUAAGACUUUUGUUUUAACCUGAGA